CUGAAAAAGAAAAUCGCAAAAAAGUUUAUACGAAAUUAUAAGAUUUGUCGCAAAACGUCAUUAACAUUUGAAUAUACUUUAUGGAAAAAUAUAUAAUUUAUUGACAAAAAUUAAAAAAAAAAUGACUAUAUGCGGCAAUAAAAAUAACAAUGAGUUAGAAAACACUUAUGAUGAAAUAAUGCGAGUGAAAAUAAUCAAAAUUAAUUGAAAAUUAUUAAAAACAAGUAUUGACAUGUGGAGAAGAAUACUUAACAUAGACUUUCUGUACAAGUUUAGUAUGUCCAAAAGAAAAGGAACCCGUGAAAAACAAUUCAACAACGUGGAUUACACGCAGUUAACCGAAACCGAUAAUGGUUUCGUGGAUUCUCAAUUUGUUCAACCUCCAGUUAAAAUACCUUGGAAGGCGAUAAUUUUAGCAGCUUUGCUUUUUAUCGGAGGAACAGUUAUGCUAGUCAUGGGCAGUUUAAUUGUCAGUGGUCAUAUAGAUACUAAGUAUUCCGAUCGAAUGUGGCCUUUAAUAAUCUUAGGGGCCUUAAUGUUUAUACCAGGUGCUUAUCAUGUUAGAGUAGCAAUUUUGGCGUAUCGCAAAGUUCCAGGCUAUUCAUUUGACGAUAUUCCCGAAUUUGAAUAAAUUGAUAAUAAUAUAU